AAAUUUUUUUUGCUCAAACAGUGGCUAAUCAAACAAACAAAUGUAGUAGAAGCAAAAUAGUUCCCAUCACUGUGAUUAGUGACCAUUCAAAACCAGCCGGGUGUCACAAAACCAGCUGGUUCAGUGGGCGAAUGUAGAGACUGAAUUCUAGAACCACUCCCAGUUCAAUGGGUAGCCAAUCACAGUGAAUGGUCAUACAUGAGUUCUGGGAGUUGGUUUCAAGUUGCAAGAGUUAGCAGAAUUUUUCUUUAUAUGACUGAACAAUUAGAAGAAUAAGGAGGCCUAUUCUGAGGCAAGAACAUUGGUUUGCAACCCGUUCUACCCAAAUCUCAAAGAUACUUGCACUAAUUAUAAUUUGUGAGUGCCUCUAAAAAUAGAAGUAACAGCAAGAUUAUACAGCUGUCGCGUUGACCAGGCAGAAACCAAUAUCCAUUCCCAUCAAGUGAAUUUACUUGUGGGCAGCUUAGCCAAAGAGCUUGUUUACACUACAACACGUUAAUAUCAGAAAACGUUCUGUUCAGGGCAUUUUUAUAAACACCUCAGAAUAGCAUUGUCAUGUGGGGCGCUGCGUACAAGCGCGGGUCGCGCGCCCAGGGGCAGCAGCCGACGGCCACAGCUGGCGAGGCAUGAUCGGGACAAGGAGUCCUGAUCCUACGUUGGUUCCUAGAGUCCAGGAGUAGUUAGUUUCCUAGUUUGUUAGGAGUCCAGGAGUAGUUAGUUUCCUAGUUUGUUAGAAGUCCAUAAGGCCUUUAUAUAUCCUGUAAUCUGCACCCUUGGACGCAGGCAAUAAAUCAUUAUCUCCUACCUCCUCCUCUACUCCUAAUCUCUUCUCCUGCACCAUUGAGCAGUUAGGCAAAAACCCUAGCGCUCCUAUCAACCGAGACUACGAACUACGUAGUCGAGGUCCUGCUGUCUUGGGCACCGAGGUCCUUGACAACUUGGUAUCAGGUUCCAGGCGAUCCUCUUCCUCGUCCGCGCUCCAUCCGCAGCCCGCCGCCACCCCUGCGUCCGCGCCAAGCACACCUCCAUCGCCACCAUCCGCCGCCGCCUCGGUCACUUCCGGCAUGGCAGAACCAACCACCGCCGAUCUGGCCACGAUGAUCGAGGCCUUGACUGCAACGGUGGCAUCCCUGCAGACGUCCGUCGCCGCGCUCCAGAAGGACAAGUCCACCUCCUCGUCGAGCGCUGCCGGCGCCCACGAUGGGCAGCACCACAAUGAUCGCCCGCCCCGGUUCCAGAAGAUGGACUUCCCCAAGUUCGACGGCAAGUCAGAUCCGCUCGCUUUCCUCAACAGAUGCGAAUCCUUCUUCCAUCAACAACGGAUCGCCGAGGAGGAAAAAGUCUGGAUGGCGUCCUACAACCUUGAGGGUUCUGCCCAGCUGUGGUACAUGCAGGUCCAGUGUGACGAGGGCACUCCGCCGUGGCGCCGCUUCUCCGAGCUGCUAAACCUCCGCUUCCGGCCACCUCUACGCGCUAACCCGCUGGGCGAACUAAUGGCGUGCAAGCGCACAACGUCCGUAGUCGACUUCCACAGGAGCGGUUUGAGGCGCUCCUCCCCCGGGCAGGCAUCUUAUCAGAGACACAGAAGGUUCAGAUCUUCACCGCGGGACUCCAGCCACCCCUCAGCCUCGACGUGGAAAUCCACAACCCGCAGUCCCUCGCCGUCGCCAUGA